AUAUUGAAAAGGAGUGAACGAUAAUCACGAGGAGGAAGAACCAUUGCCUAACUAAGUUACUUUUCGGUGCACUUGAUGAUAGUCUGAAGUCUCUAGUUAGAGUAAACACAAUCUCGCUCAUUAGCCGUCCUCUCUUUCAGGGGCGAGACUGCCAUUUCUCGCUCUCGGCGCAAGAAGUGCUACAUGCUUGCCGUUCUGUUCUUUUCGAAUCAUUUUGAAAACGACUUGACUUGCUACGAUGUCUGUUGUGACAAAAGAAGGUGAGCUAUGGAAGUAUCGCAAUAUGUUAUCAGGUUGGGCCAAACGGUACUGCAAGCUCGAUCGCAACUAUCUCCAUUACUACACAACUAAAUUUGAGUCCAGUCCCGUGGCAUCUGCCAUUCGUGGUGACAUCAUGCGAGCAGCACCAACACAGCCUGGUUGGACCACGUAUCCGUUUUCAUUUGAAGUAACACAGCGAGACGGCACAACAUGGUACUUCCGAGCGAAUAACCAAGCUGACAUGGAUGUGUGGUUGGAAGCACUGAACGCUGGGCCGACAAGGAGAUCUGUGAAGCUCGCCCUUGAGUCAAAAGAGGCCCAAGUGCAUGGAAGUUGUUCAGAUCACAUUGUUACAAUUGACCGUAGUAAUAAGCAACAGGUAUCACCUUCGUCUCAAGCACAUCACCCCACAACGGCGGUGCAGCAUCAGGUACAUCCACAACAGCCACAUCCACAGCAGUCACACAUAGCUCCUCAGCAACAACACUAUGGUCACGCACAGGCUCCACCAGCCCAGCUAGGACAGCCACAUUAUCAGCCGCAUCCACAGGCUCCACCAGCCCAGCAAGGACAGCCACAUUAUCAGCCGCAUCCACAGGCUCCAGCCCAGGUAGGACAGCCACAUUAUCAGCCACAUCCACAGGCUCCACCAGCCCAACCAGGACAGCCACAUUAUCAGCCGCAUCCACAGGCUCAACUACAACCAGCGCUGCAAUACGCACAGCCACCGUCAUACAAUCCUAAUUGGACAGCUGCACAGCAACAAGAGGCUUGCCAGCAUCCGAAUGCCCAUGCACCUGCGUUCACAGCGCCCACACAGGGCUGGCAGCCUGGAGACUACACGCAACAUCAACCGACUGUACCAACAGCGCCAGCGCUUCAUCAAGUUGGUGCUUCACCUCCACCAUCAUACAUGCAAGCAACAGACAUGCCGCCACCACCUGCAGCGACUGGCCAGUAUCCAGGAUAUCAACCAUCAUAAACAUGAAGAACCCAGUAGUGCCAUAUAAUAUAUGCUGCACAACUCACACAUGGCACGCAUAGUGUAGUCUGUACAUAUGUUGUAGUGUACAGUGUAAUGGCUUACAUAAUGUUGCUUUUCUAAUUUCUAUCAUGGAACACUGGAGAACUGAGAAUAGGCUUUAGUCUGUACAUAUGUUGUAGUAGCUCUGUUCCAGUGCAGCAUGAAACCAUAAUCCAGCCAUCAAACGUCCAGAAUGCUAUAUACAAGUUGAUAAAAUAUUUACAGUUUGUACAUUUUAAGAUAACAAUUAUAUAAAACGUUUUUAGGAUGAGUUAGAGAGUUUGCAGUCUCAUGAAACUUUUAUGAAGUGUGUAUGUAUAUUAUAGGUAUGAGUCCAAGCAGACAUGAGAAAAAUAUUAAAAACGUUGUGCUUUA